CUUGGACAGAAGACAUUGCUCCAAGUUUGUCGUUCCUUCUUCAAUGCUGUCGUUAAACAUAAAACAACAUACAAAAGAAACCCAAAUCCGUAACGGAGCUCAAGUGAAUAAAGUGGUCAAACUCCCCAGUGCUAUAAGUUGAUCUAUCCUCAACCUUGACGAUGAGCAGGGAUCGGUUUUGGAGAAGUUGUUUCCUCUUUUUUUCUACUGUCGUUUCCCUCCGUCUCUCUCAGACUCUGAGGUACUGUAAAAGCAUAACUCAGAAUGCCGGCAAAUGUGCGAAAAUUGAGAGAUGAAGACAUUAAUCCUUGUCUUGAGGAAACAGAUGCCUCCAGGAAGUGUCUAGAAGCAAACAGUUAUAACAAAGAUAUGUGUACUGACUAUUUUCUGAGGUAUAAAAUGUGUCGGAAGUUCUGGAACAACAUAAUGAUUCAAAGACGAAGAAAUGGUAUUAGUCCUGACAUGCCAACUGCAAAGGAUAGAAAAGAAAUUCUGGAAGAAUGCAUUAAAAGGCCCUACUGAUGGUUUUUGAUUCUGAGAAAACAAUCGAUGUGAACAAAUUCACUUGAAUAAUUGCAAUGUGCAAUUUUAAUGUAAAAGUUUUUAUUAGUGAAUGCAAAUGUAACACUUGAUUUUUACAAGGAAAGAGCUCAAGGAUAUCUUAAUGUCUAUCUACAGUUUUCAGAUAAUGAAUACCUAAAAGCGGUCUUAAAAAUUGUGUGAUGGGGAAUAAAAGGAAUUAUUGAAAUAAAGUUUUUAUAAAUAGGCACAUUUAUAGGAGGAUUACUCUUUUUAAUUUGUUAUAUUGACCUUUUGCAGAGUACCAGGGAGGAUGGCUGAAACUAGGAAUUCUGUUUUUAGAUUGAGAUAUAUUGUGUGUUAACCUGCCACUAUUAAUUCACAUGUUAAUAAAUGCCCCAUCACCAACUUCUAUAAAAUUAAACAGUGUUAAUGGGAAACAACACUGCUUGGAGGAGCAGUGAACAUGUACAGAGGUAGAAUGAAACAAAUCUUCAGAUGCUUCACUGCAACAUUCAACUCAGUUUACUUAAAAACCUCCUUCAGAAUAAUAUAUUUAGGCCCAGGUCUAUCAAUGUGUAGAAUGUGCAGGGAAGGUCCUGAGGUUACCCUGUCCAUUUUUCUUUCAUUUGCACAUGGUUUACAGUGUUCAUUUUAGUAAUUAUUAUCACCCAUGUUUGGCUCAUACACUUUGAUAUAAUUAUCGCGUCUGGAUUUCACAGUGAGCAACGAAGUCAGGAUACAUUUCACUGCCCUUGAAGAAAGUUGCCUAUUGAAGAGCUAGCAUCCUGUAUAAGUUUGAUCUAAUUUUAGUUAUGUUAUUGUGUCAGUAUAUGAGGAUCACCAGAUGUAUGUUGUCUUUCAGCAGUCAAUCAUGCUUUUAAAAAAAAGUUACACUUUUUGACAUUUUUGCUGUGAAAGUUGGCAGUUAACAUACUAAAUUAUAUCUGGGGCAAGAGAGGUUGUUCUUUGGUAGUUAACGUGUUAAAACUCAAUUCGACCUCAUUCAAUAAAAGUAUACUUUUGAGGCUUGGUUAAACUUGGGAAAUUGCAUAAAAAUAAAAUGUCACAUUUAAAGAUUGCUAAGGAAAGAGCAUACCUAAUGAAACAGUAGGAAAUAAUUGACAGCACCUUUGGCUUUUGGUAUUUAAUUACACAGCACAGACACCAGAAUUUGUUAUACAAUUAGGAGUACAACUUGUGGCAGUUUUACCAUGGGUCCAACUGUUGCGUUGUAACAACAUCUUGUAAUUUUAGGCAGGUCUAACAAUUGUAUGCUACAAAAGUAUUCUUCCACCAUAACUUUGUCCUGCCUUUUAAUCUAUCUACCAAUUCACUUUAGCUAUUUCUGCCUUUAUACUCUCAUAGUUGCUGUCUGGUUUAAAACACUAAUAGAAGACUCAGUCUUCUCCCUUUCAAACUGAAAAUAAAAUUCUGUCACAUUGUGAUCACUGUUACCCGGAUGCUCCUUUACUACAAGUAUUAAUUAAUCUUGUCCAAUUGCACAUUACCAAGGCAGCAGGCUAUCUUAGAUUUGGUAGGCUCUGGAAUGUACUGAUCUAAGAAAUCGCCCCAGAAGAUGUUCAUGAAAUAGAUUCCCAAGCUGUCUUUACCAAUCUGAUUUCCUUUCUUCCCCUCUGCCUCACCAAUCCAUGACUGGUAAUUUAAGUACACACCUUACAUGUUACAUUUAUUUCUUCUUGUCUGGUUUGUCCAAAAGUGUAACUACUGGUAGGGGACUAUAAAUUAGUCCACAAGUGACCUCUUACCAGGGUUAUUUAUUUUAUAUAUAUAUAUAUCCAAACUGAUUCUACAGCUUGAUCCUUGAGAGCAGUUACUCACCAGUCAAUCAAUGUACGACUUUCACAUGAUGCCUAUAUUCACUUUCAAUUAACUCCAAAAUUAUAUCUUAUGCAUAAAAGUUAAUAAAAGUUCAUUACAAACCUUU